GUUCCCUUCCUCCUUGCUCAACGUCCUCCUCUUGCACGAAUAUCAAAUCAGUAAAGGACAGCGUUGGAGAUCUUCUUGUUCCACAUAUUUUUUUACACGAGAGCACAAAAGAUAAAGAAGGAACAAGACAAAUGUGCCAGAUGCAAAAAACUCUGCCAACAACUAUAAUGAAAAUAUGGAGCAACAUGUCGUAACUCUUCUCCUUGCUACAUUUUCCUAAUAGGCAUCCAUUAAUUUAUGAUAAAUUAAGGAAUCUCUAUCCCUAUGUACGACGAAUGUUGCGAAAAAUGUAGUUGCCAAAGAAGGCAUAGUACACGAAAUCAUGUCGGACCCCUCCGAAGGGUCGCGCAGUCCGAUCGGGUUGCGCAGGCCGAUCGGGUCGCGAUUUAGCUUUUACCCAUUUUCGACCCCGUCUACUCCCUCCUCAUCCUCCUCCUCUCUCUUCUCGUCCGAGUCGUCCGACGCAACUACAAUGCAAGUUUCAACGUCCUCCUCCUCCUCUCCACCUUCAUCGAUCGAGUCAAUUCGUGAUGUUGGUCCUCUUUAUCGCUCCUGUGCGAGUCAGUGUCCACCCUCUGCGAUGAUGUGCGAAUCAAUAAUAUCCGAAUGUCGCGAAGGCGCUGUUUUUGACGCAAGAGCGAGUACAGUAGAUGCCAAUUAUGCAUAUGAUGAAUGCUAGUGAAGACUACUUACAACUUCGACAAAAGAAGAUCAAGAUCACGUAUGCUCUUUGCUGUUUCGUCUACCUCUAUGUAUUUGUCCGCACAAGAACUACUGCAAGAACGUACUAGAUGUUCCUGUAUCGCACAAGAACUACUUCAACGUAGAUGUAGAUGUAGUUGUAGAAGUCGAUGUUCUUUCAUCACUUUCUUCUAAAUUUUGAAUCCGAACAAGGGUGACAUUUUGGUCUCUGAAUCCGAAAGAAAGAAGGCAGUUAGGGAUGGUCAGAGACGUCGAAAGCGGAACCAAAAGUUAUGGAACCGAAAAUAUACGAUCCUGUAGUAGAUACUAACUACUCGAAAACUGAAAAUAACCGAGUUACUGACGGAAAUAAGGGAGGCACUAGCUUAUAGCUUCAAGGCUACUCUUCUUUCUCAUCAGUCUCUCGGUUAUUCUGAUCAGUUACUUGCUUACUUCAGUUUUUCGAAUAUUCAUAUUGUCACUCUUUUCGUUGGAUGCUUCCGGUAUUUGGUAACCUGAAUUUGAUCAUAAGGGAAAACAAGAAGAGAACCCUUGUGAUCAAAUUCAGGUUACCAAUUACCGGAGCCAUUCAUUCGUACGAUCGGUAGUUUUCCAGUACAACUUAGGUGAUCCUCCAGUGCCUGUUCUUCUACCCUUGGUCAUACGUAGAAGUGAAGUGAGUAGGUUAAUCAGUUUGACGCUUUCUGUUACACUUCUGUUCAUACAAGUGGGCUCCGUACUACCGCUUUUUGCGAAGUCUGCGAGAAAGCUGUUCUUGCGUCUUGCACCCGCGUCUUUGUCUCGAGCGCUGUUGGGCAUCGAUGGAAGAGCAGCGAAAAAAUUAUGAAGAAAAAUCAUCUCAAUCAAAGGCAGGAAGACUCUCUGAAGGAGUACUGUCAAAUCAUCUCAAUCAAAGACAGGAAGACUCUCUGAGGGAGUACUGUCAAAGUACACAGGAAACGUGUGGUUGUGAGAAGCUUUCAGGAGAUACUAGGCUCCUAGAAGACAACUCGAGUAAAGGACGUCUGGAGUCUUUAUCUGAUGAUUGAUAUUCCAAGAACUUGACGCACUGCUACUGCUACUCGGAGGGGCCACGGUGUUUCAGCUUGAUGUGUGUGACACUCUUUAUUCCCUCUUCUUCUUAUAUUUCGCAUUCUUGAGCUGCUCUACUAGCAGGUAGAGCUACUAGCACGACUAGCAGUGAUAGAAAAGCCACUGCACUGGCAAUCUUGAGCUACUUUAUACUAGCAGAUAGAGCUAUUCUUGUAACAGACAGUAGAUAUGAUCUUUGUUUCCCAGCAUCAUCUCUAAACAUCGGCUGCUGUGGUUUUCAAGCGAGGUCUUCAACACAAAUCGAGCAGAUUUUCGAUAUUGCGAUCGCGCAUCUGUACGCUGCUGUGCUUCCUGGUGUCUUUAUGAACAAGAUCACGUGACAUCUCAUCUAUUUCACAACUAUUCAACACUAGUCUUAGUUCAUGAUCAAGUAACAUAAACAUCCCUAUGUCACAACUAGCGCUGGCUCCUCAUCCCUCGCUACCCUUAUUUCUCAUUUCAACUUACUAGCUACCUAUCUAGUAUGUACUUUCUAUCAGCGCGCUAGCAGCUACUCUUGAUUAUUAUUUUCAUCAUUUUUUACUCACGAGAGCGUCAAAUUCAACCACGACCAAUCCACUAUGUUGAAGAUGUAGAUGUAAUAGCGUAGUUCUAAAAAAUCUUCUUGUGAUGUUGUUGUACUAUGUACUCCUACUUUCUUCAUCCAGAUGUUGGAUUAAUAUUGUUGAUAUUUUUGCUCUAUUGAUUUCUUUGUUCUAUAAACGGAGCUUUGCUCAUCUUUGUUUCACACAACCUAACCUAACCGCUCUUUGACUUUGAAGCUCUGGAUACUCUUUGACUUUGAAGUUGCUCUAUUCUUGCAGCAGAAAUAAUUUGUUCUAUUACUCUAGUAUCUAAGACUUGAAUGUUGAUAUCGAUCUGUCUAGCAGCAUAUCUGCAUGUCCUAGCUGAAGUUGGCUCUAUCUGACUUUGGACCAUCUAAGACAUCUACCUGUAUUAGGAUCGAGUGACGAAACCGAAACGGGCACACGCGUAAAAUAUGGGAACCUUCGUGGAAGUAAACGAUGGUGGACCCAGUCGCCGACUCCGUUAUGCCUAAUAAUGCUAACCUUUCUGUAAUCAGCUUCAGCUUUGUUGUACUAGCCUCCAGUCUGACGGAAAAAAAAAAGGCUACAAGUACAACGUGAGUAAGCUCCUGUUCUUGUUCUUGAGAUAAUUUCCUUGGUGUCUCACGAUCCACUCGAUCAGUACGUUGGAACUCUAGCUCUCGAAGGUCUUCCUUCGUACUAGUGUCAAUCUAUGUAUAAUCCUCAAAACCAAAAACCUAAACGUUGGAAAUGGAAGUGAUGACGAUGAGUCCGCUCAGGUUUGCAACAAUAGAUAUAGCCUCCACGAUCUCACGAUACUCGAAGAGAUGAAUGAGUAUUAAUUAUAAAUAUUACCCUUGUGCAUCGUCUAACAACUUCAGAAGAAGCCCCUAACGGAAAAGCGGGCGGUGGUGCCUUUUUGGAACAAGAUUAAGGAUUCUGGUGAAAAUUUUGCCUAGCUAGGUGAACAAUUGGAAUCUUCUCUAUAUUUGUGUCUAUGGUUUCAUCCAGUAGGAAUGCGUACUGUACACAUCCAAAUGUACCACAGACUUAUACAUACUGGCCACAGACUUAUCCAUACUUUACACAUACUGGCCACAGACUUAUACAGCCUAUGCCGUCUAAGAGAAUGACUGUGGAAAAAGAAAGUUUUGGAAUGCUUUUUCUUUUCUCGAGGGAAGCGGCUCUUCGUGCGGUGGAGACAAGCCUCCUCUUUAUGCUGGUUCUUUGAUUAACUUUAACUCAUCAUUAUCAACAUAAUCAACAUUCUCAACAUAAUCAACAUUCUCAACAUAAUCAACAUUCUCAACAUAAUCAACAUAAUCAACAUUCUCAACAUAAUCAACAUAAUCAACAUUCUCAACAUAAUCAACAUAAUCAACAUUCUCAACAUAAUCAUCAUCAUCAUCAUCAUCAUCUAACUAGGCGUUGAGAAGUCUCAUCCAGCAGAGGAAAAUCCAGAAGAGGGAAAAGUAAAAGCGAAGCAGGAACGACUAGAUCAUCUAGACGCUUCAUCACAAACGCCACCACGACAAACGGAAUCGGAAACGCCACCAACUGCUGCAGGUGCUGGAGAUGCCGACGAGAACGACGACCAAGCAGGAGCAGGGGACGAGGAUAGAAGAGAGAAUCCUGAACUACAUCGAUCAAAAUCAAAUGGGGUAAAAAGGACCACAGAUGAAGAUACAGGAGGGCAGGGUCAUGAACAAGACACUCCAAGAAAAGAAGAAGAAGAUCAGGAGGAAAGCCGAACACCACCGUCUGCAGAACAACAAAAACCUGAAGGUCAGACACCGACUAAACACGACGAUGGCGAUGGGGAACGGGAGAAACCUGACCAAGAACAACCACCAAACCCGAAUACAUCAUCAGAAUCUUCAAAGCCACAUAAUCAAGCUAGUGCAACAAAUGGAAAGCCAGGGGCUCCUGUUGGUGCAGGCCUACAGGGUGAAGUCGGAAAUACAUCUCCAGCUCCAGAAGCUUCAGAUCCACACGGACCGCCAGAAGGGGAGGAACCUCGAAAAGAAGAUGUACUGAAAAAUGAAAUAUCUAGUCGUGAUCGUGAAGGCAGCACGCCUCCUACUCCUGGCGCAACCCCUAAACAAAAACUUACCCAGAGCCGCAAAGCUGUGGCACCUACAACGCCUCCAGGAAGCAAUCCUAGUCCACAGGGCAAUCCACCUGCAGAGAUAGCAGCAGCAGCAGCCCCAGCAGCUGAAAAACCUUCAGAUGAAGCUCCUGUUACCACGGAAGAUCUAUGGCGAUCAAAAUCUAUAAUACAUUUACAUUUACAGAUACGAUACAUUUUGGUAUGUCCUCGUGCGUCGUGUAUAAUCUAUUGUGUUUCUAUCAUUUUUUUCCAGUUCCCACUUUCUUUGUAGUUGAAUGCGACCUACGAGGGGCAGCAACAGAGGAGCGCUGUACAUGUAGUAUGUACAAUAGAAGCGAUAGCAACAUCAAGGUCCUAUCAAGGUCCUCAAGCACGAGUCCAAGAGCAACAGCAUCAAAUCCCUGCACGAGUACUCUAUAAAAAUAACCAUUAAAAAUUAUCUAGACUACAACCAUUAAUCUACACCUAAAGAAAAAGAAGUACUCUACGGUAUAACCAUUAGUCUUUCUCGUCAGAUGUUAAAGAUUCCCGCAUAGUUGAAGUAGAUGUCAACUAUGUUAAGAAGGUGACAGUCCUCCAGCUGUGUUCAAACUUACGAAUAGAUGUAGCUGCGGCACAGUCGUGCUCAUGUUGACCUAACACUUCUCAUGCUUUGCUCAUGACCGUGACAUUGAUUAUAGGGACCCUUUUCAUGCUUUGCAGCACCUCAGCUGGCAGAUUGCGCUGACAAAACAGGAAGGAAGCUACUCAAGCAGCUAGUGGAGGUGCGUGGAAAAAACCUCAUAUACCAAAACGAAGCGCAAAAAAUUCUCAGCUUGGUUUUGAUUAAGACCGACGUGAAGAUUGAUUUUGAAGGCAUCAGCCUUUUCGUUUAUCAGAAAGAGACCAAAAUGAUAGCAAGAAAUGAAGAUAAUAUUUCCGCGAUGACUAUAGAAAAGAGAAGAAAAUGAUUACCGCGACCUUUUUCGUUUCACUUUAGUCUCGUAGUCUACUUGGUCUUAGGUUUCGCUUCAUAAUCCAGUAAUAAACUGACACACUGACUCCCAUCUUUUAGUGAUAUUUCAAUACAGAAAUCGAAUUUCCGUAUUUACACAAUUAGCCGAAACAGACAGAGAAACAUAAUACCCCACGACCUGCAGUCGUCUUGCUAUGUGGCCUAGUUGCUCUGCAUGGAUGUGGACUGCAGUCAUCACCUGCUGCCGAGUGAGUGACCACUUUCCUACUUCUCAGUGUAAACCCUAGCUGGAAUACGACCAACUUCUUGGGAUUAGAGAAUUGCAGAAGAAACGACUUCUAAUCAAUGUCGAAGCAACGCUAUGGAGAAGCCCGUUGGAGGAACCAGCGUUAAGAAUACAAAAGCAAUAACAAUGACGUUUACAGGUUCCUAGAUAACUGCUGCAAGCUCUGUCCUUGCAGAGACGCUGUACCAUAAUUUUUAGGAAGUAACUGGUAUUCAGGAUAACUACUACUAACUUGUAACAUAAGUUGUAUUUUGAUUUUCAUACGAUUGAUUGAAUUUACCACAGAACAAGAUGGUCGACCUUGCGUAACCAAGAAACACAAGUUGCUUGAUGAUAAAAUAACUUAUAGAACGGAUGUAGGACUAGGAUGGACUUGGAUGGAUCGCAUGGACCCCCCUGGUCCUAAAUCUUCGGGCCCUAGUACUUGAAAUGACUAGCGGACCUCGGAAGUCCAUCCGAUCCAUCCCAUCCUGAACCGGGCACCCCUAUAGGCUGUUCUAUAAUAUGAUCAAGCCCUUCUCUGUUUUUGUCACCUUGUUUCUCUUCCUGUCUUUGUUUUCGUUGACGUUGUUUCUCGUGAAUGAUGAAAUCAGUGAAAUGCGAGUGGUAGUGCUACUGCCGAGUGAGUUCUUACAUGCAUGAGAAUCUAAUAUAUAUCCACAACCAAAUCCAAAUGGCAUGGAAUAUUUUUACCUCUCCACCGACGAAAGGAGUAGCUAUGAGAAGAAACUCGGGGUGAACAAGAUGCCAGCAACUGCGAUGACUCUCUUAUGGAAUUUUUUUAUAUGAUUAUUCAUUCAUAUUGAUUAUUUCGGUCAUCGAUACUUGUUGGUCAUGUAUGGUUCAAGCCUCUCGGAUGUCGUGGUGUUCUGUUCUCAGUGGCUCACGCAAAGCCUCGUGCUCGACUGUCAUCGGGAUGAUCUCACAAGACAUGAAUGUCAAUGAUCAUGAAUGCUACUUCCAAUGCACACUCAAUGCACAUUCAAUGCAUAAUCAUAAUGAACAAGGUACAGACUAGGCACGGUUAUACUGAUCCUAGUCGUAUGAUGCAUGUUCAGUCCGAUCCCUUCUGACAUGCUUAUGUUGAUGAUGUAUGAUUCAUCUUACCCAAUGAACCAAACAGGGAUUACACCAGCCAGAGAUCGCAAGUCUCAGGCAGGAUUAUCAAGAUCUGCUUGCAUUCAAGAUUCUGACUUUGUGUUUCCACUGAGAAACGAACCAAGGCACGGAGGCCUGUGCUCUUGUGGUCCAGCAAUACUUGAUGAUCCAUGAAUAUUUGUAUACCGAUUAGUCAACGUUAUUAUAAGUACAGGUAUGGGCCCGCUUCUGAAAGGGUAGAAUGUUGACAAGGGGGUGCGUACUAUAGAUACUAGAAGAAGAUGAAGAUCUCUUUUAAUGUGGGUCUACUUCUGUAAUGUUACCAAGGAGUUGUCUACAAAUCCUCCUGCUUCACUUUCAACAUUUUGACCUUCAAGUGCGACCGGUGGAAAGUGAUCUUCCAUAAAUAUACAUUAGCCCCAUUCUCCUAGGAUCGGCUUGACUCAAAUGCUUUGCGUCGACGGCUGUUAAAAACAGAAACAAGCUGAUAGCGAGCAUUUGUGUCUUAUCAGUGGGUCCUCGCUGUCUUCAUCUUGAGUGCAAUGUGUUACCGCCUGUUACCCUUUGUUUUAUCGCUGCGUCAGUCUUCAUGUUCUGGCUCACAUUUUGUUUAUUCUGGUCUCUCUAAGAUUCGGGCCCCAUUAUGCAUUAUGCCGUGCUAUUCAUACGUAUCUACCUCCAUACCCCCCACAUGUCUACCCCGCCCCCUUGAAGUUUAAUAGUGGCUCUUGCUAUCCUCUUCACGUUCAUUCUGGUAUGAAAAUAUUUGCGCAACGGGGGAGACGAACAAAAACAAUAAGGAGCUCAUCCAGAAGCAAACGAGCGAGGCGCUCGUGGUUUUCCAGGACCUUGUGAAGCAGAGAGCAGGUAUUUAUAAUUUUUCUUUUCAAACAAUGUUGUAGCUAGGGAUCAUGACGCCAGAAGUGCAGUACACUCUCAAAAUCUAUGCUCGUCCGCUUUUAAGUAGUAACUUCAGUUUGUUACAAGUACGAAGGCGCUCACACCUUUUUCGGGAAACUACAAACGAAAUAGAGGCAUGAGCCUGGCUCUAGUGGGAUAACCACUGCUCAUGCCGCUCAUCCCCGUCUUUCUCUAUGGCUAUGCGCUCUCGGAGCGAGACCACGGGACGGGGCCUCUCUCUUCUCACUUCAAUCUCAUAGUGAUUGCCGCCUGGCUUUGGUUCCCCGCACAAUACCGCCCGCGCCACAUUGCCGCCCCCCCGCAUGGUGAACGAACACAGAGGCCCACCCAACGGCGUACUUAUCCCAAUAGAACGCCGCAGCCCCUUCAGAUCAAGCCUGUCGCCGCGGCGCUCUUUUAUUUAUCAGCUUCAUUCUGGCUUCUUUCUCACUGCUGUCAUCGUCACUAUGGUGCGCCGCUGUAUGCCUUCCAUGUGUUUCGUGAUGUCGUGUGUGUGUCGAAGGAAUCUGUGUACGCCCUUGUGGUGUGCUGGACCGCACUGCGCUGACCAUCUGCUCUUAAGAAUGAACAUGGCGAUCGCGAUGGCUUGCAUCAGUCUGGUGACCGCCGUCCCCAUGCCGCUGUCUCUCCAUUCGUCUUUCACUUCGUCCCAAUACUUACCUUGCAGCUCGCAUGCUGAGCGGGGAGCAGGCCAGCAUUGAAGGAGGUAGGGUCGCUCAUAGUCCUUGCCACAGGCAAAUGGCUUGUGUCGUGGUAAACAGUUGCCCUAGAGCAAAUAAGCCGGGACAAGCUUCUACGGCUACAACCGCUACCCAUUAGUACUAUUAUAAAUACUUGACGGACGAGUAUUACUCUUUCUCUUUGUGCUCAGUGAUCUUUGUACAACUUACACCUACGCUUGUAGUUCUCCAGUUCAGAUUUCGUCUUCUCUACCAUGAACUACAGGUCUUCAGAAGAAACUUCACACUGCCUUCCAAUCCGUCGUGGACACAAAGCUCCUCCAAUCGCUAAAAAGUUUCCUAGUCGCGUUGGCUCAAAAACCACUUGGAGAAGAUGACAUACAAGUACAAGAGAGGAGGAAAACGUUUGCCGACAACCUAGCACGACAAGAAAAUGAUCGCGCCGCGAACACACCAUUAAGAGCUCCUUCUAGAUGACACCUGCAUGAACCAUCUAUCCUUCAUCUCAAGGAAAAAGUCAUGAUGCAGAGGCAAUAAAAGAAUGUAGGUGGAUGACUAUAUGGAGCAUUAUACAUAAUACUUCAUAAUGGGUACAAGAAUGGUGCUAGAGAUAGUGUUACUGGUAGACGAGUUUUUGAUAUAUAAUUAUUGCCUUUCUCAUAGAGAAGACGGAUCAAAUUGAUGCAUAGUGCGUAGGCGAUAAAAAGUAUUUCCGAAGCAAGCGCCUCUAAAACUGAACGGCGCGACCUCCUCGGCCGCAGAGAACGCUAAACAAGCCACAUUUAUGAAUGUACUCUUCUUCCCAGCACGCAACCCAACUAGGUGGAAGUAGUUAAGUGUCGAAGCUUUCCCUAAGGCUCUGCACUUUUCGUACAUACUCGAACGUUAAAUUUCGAUUGCCGCCCUAACGGAAACGUUGUAAUGUCAGUGCGCCUGUUCUAAAAAAUCGAUUGAUGCCUUAAUCGAGGGCACAUCAUCAACAGAAGUGGCCCCAUGCGGAGGCUCUUACGGAGGAGCAACCGAAAAAUAUCUCAACAAUAAUGCGAUCACAGCUCAAACUGCACCCGUCCCGUUUCUCACGCGUAUUCUAGCCCCGGUGUCGGAUCCUGGUCAGGAGCUUGUGGACAGUCGUAAUCGGUGGCAGAAAAUUAGGCCUGCAACAUUCGGUGGAAAAUAUGAUGCUUAUGACCAGAAAUGUUGCCGCAGGGCUAGAACAACAGACUUAGUUGCGUUAUCGCUAUCGGCAUUUUUCAAAAUGAUUAGAUUCCAGGUUUGUCUAUGGUCAAAAACAAUUUUCCCUUUCUUUAUCAUCUACUGCUUCGAACUUUCGGUGCCGAACUCUGGCAAAUAUAGACGUAGACCCCAUGGCUCACCCUUUCAUUAGAAGAGCACGCUGGGAGCAUGGAGUAAAGACUUCGGUCAUGCAAUGAAAUUGGCAGGUAUUCAAAAUCAAUGACGCUCGUUUAUAAAAAUUCUUAAGCUUUUUAUUUCGUGUAAUAUCUAUAUCAUGUUCUCUCUUGUUUCGUGUUGGAAAUGAUAAGACAAAGACAAACCAUGUCGUGACUCGCGCUCAUGCGGAUCCCGGUAACGGUGUCCUAGUACUAGAUUCCUGAUAUCGUCGUGCUCGUGCAAGAACACAAGAGGUGCGUCAAUUAUCCACUUGAUAGAAAAUGUUGACUCUUCUUUUUGGCUUCACAAUGAUUCGUUCAGUAACGAUCGAACAUGGCAGGACCGGAACCUGACUGGAGUGCCAUGCUUCUCUUCUUCCCUUAUUUUCUCCUCAGAUGCAAUAAAGAGCGCGCUGAAGAAGAAAAAGAAGAACGCCAAGACAUUAUGGGCACACUUUUGUUUCUGUUCACGCCUUUAUGUAUAACCCCCUCUCAUGAUCUUCACCGGAACACCCGAGAAAGUUUCAUAAGGCUGUUGUUUGAUGCGUAGACAGUUGAAAUUAGCUACUUUGAUCGAUGAAUGCAAGCAGAGUGUGAGUCGUGGACACGGGAUGAUAUUACUACAAAUAGAAGUUGUAUGCUUCUGAUUGAUUCCCCAGGCGGUCUCGCAUGUUGAAGUCUAGAAUGACUCCAACGACUAGCGCGUACGCUCUCUCAGAACUUAUCAGCUCGCCGCGAAAGCGUUGCUUUCGCUAUCUGAUGUUAGACUAGGAUAUGGGGAGGUUAGGGCUAUCUAGGCUUAUUCUUCGAUCGCACCUAGGGUUUACAUAUGGUGUGGGGCCUCCGGGAUCUGCACACUUCGGUCUACACGAGUAGCUAAGUAAACCAAAACCAACUUCUUCGUAAGCAGCAGCGCUGCACUAUCUCAUAAAUAGUAAGAUAUUGUCAACGGCUUGCCAAGGCUAAGCCUAAGUAGCCUUUCACUCCUGUAAGAAGUCGUAGCGGAUGUAGAUAAUCAUAAUCAUAGUCUGCUCACUACUUAUCCUCGUAUACGGCGGGUCGUGGAUCUUCUACCGCCGUCGGCGAGUUCACACAGAAGACCACUUGUAACCCUCUGUAACAUCAAGUAGGGCAUGUAUGAUUAGGACAUGUAAGAGGACUAGGGAAGACUCUUGCGAUGGAUCCAACGUCUCCUGUUACUAGAUCCAGGUGUCUGUCGUCGUAACCGUAAGAUAACCUCCCUUUUUCAUGAUGCGGCGCAACUACUGACUCAGCAACAGAGGAUCCAUGGACGACCUGGAAACCCGUAUUGGACACCACGGACAAGGAGUAUCUGAAGAAGGUCCAGCAAAGACUCCUCGAUGAGAAUUCUUUGGACUGUAAGGAUCCAGCAAACACAUUGUGGAAAGAAAAAACUGGUAUUUCAUUCUCGACAUUUCUAGCUGCACUCUCUCGUCCCUUAUUUGCAUGAUUCCAGAAAUUCAACAAAUUAUGUUGUAGCUGUAUGUAGUAGUAGUUUUACAAAUCCUGAGAACAAUGACUUCGUCGAGAAAUUCUUCGACUUUUCAGGAGCCAUAGAACAACAACUACCAUGGAAACACUUUCAUUUGUAUGUUCCGGGAAUAUUAUUUUUAGAGUUUUUUUAAAAGAUCGAAGGAAACAAUCUCAGGUCUAACUGCAAUCGCAGAAGAACAUGAUGAAGCAGCCACGCAUGCUGCGGAUGGUGCGAAUGCAAACAAGGGCGAUGCCGCAGCAGCUCCAGGUUCACCAGCUAGAGAUAUACUUCAUCUAGCAACCAACGGACAAACUCCAGCAGCCACAGAAGCUACAGGAGGAGAUCCAGCUCUUGGAGCAUCUACAGCGUCAGCUUCAUCUUUUUUAUGAUGGAAAUAUAUAACAACAUUUAAAUACGUUAGCAUCUGUCGUUUGGUGUCAUCCGAUUAUAAUUUUUGUACACGAAGUAGAUAUUAAAACUAAAAGUUAAUGCGAAUAGAAGAAGGUCACCUUUUUAUUUUUGAUAGCAACUUCAACGAAUGCUGCUGAAUCACUGUGGAGGGACUGAUAUGAUCGAGAUCGAAAUAAUUCUUGUUUCAUGAAGAUUUCCUUCAUAUUAAGGCGGACCAGCGGCAGAAACAAUGCAGCAACAGACAACUCCUCCCGAUUGCGGAGCCAGGACUGACGAAGGAAAGGCACUGGCGGAGCUCAAAAAGCUUCGUGACGGAGGUCAGAUAUACGAAAACGAAGCAGGAGACGUGCUCAGCAUUGCGAUCUUUAAGGAUGGUGUUAUUGUUUAAUCGAAGGCAAGCACUUACUUAGAGACCCAAUAAAUCUCGACAACAUGCAAAUACUCACGCAAGGACUAGUAUUCGUAUUGCCCACAUCUCCCUUCAUUGUGUUCUAACCUCAGUUAAUAUUCAUUGUGUACAAAUCUUUCUCAGUACAUUUAAGAACUCUACUAAUUCUGGCUGCAAUUUAAAGUAAGUACUGAGAAAAAUCGUCAACAACAAAAUCUUGAUCUCCUUCAUCUACUUCUGAAAGUGUUGUAAAGAUUUUGGUCCACUUCGGUGUCAAUCACUAUCUACUACAUCCGAAUGAGUGAUAGUUGGAGCGCAUCAUGAAGGCAAUGCACCUCCUUCGAGCCGAAAACAUAUCUUAGCUGAAUUUUCUCACACAUAAGAUUAUCAUGCUCAUCCAGACGUCGUGGAUAUGAUGCUCCUCUAUUGUCGAGGCUGCUUCUAAUUUAUGGCAAAUGCGAAAGCACACAGAAAAAAGCGCCGAUCAAGCAACAGAAGACGACAAGAUUAUGUAACCACAAUGGAGUGUCUUUGACAAGUUAGUUACUAAUCACAUGGUGGCUACUGCUUAGCUAGUACUUCGUAGAAUAAGACUACGACAGUUAGUCACCAAAAUUUCGAGUCCUAGGAGACCGAGUCGUGCAGAGCGUUGUUUAUAGCUUGACUGUUCGCAGUCAGACGAAGUAAGAUGAAGAAGAAGAAUUUAUGGCUAAUAGAGCCAUGUGAAGUCUGGAAGUCACAUACUGCAGUGGCAUGAAGACACGCAGCCACUCUCAUGUGAUAGAAAAAAACAAAUGAGAUUCUAAGAGACCCUCACCCUACGGCUUAUCGCACAUUUACCUUUCGAAGGCCGACGCCAAGGCAUAUCAUGAGCAACUUGACGACAACUUCAAAGAGCCCGACGACCCCAACGGUGUUAAAACUCUGUUAUGGUUGAUAGGUGUCUUCCUUUGCUCGUCGACAUCAGUUCUUCCUUUAGCUCCUCCUCAGCUACUUCAAAACUUUUCUUCACUUUGAAAUGCCUUGCAGGUUUACUGACUAGUUCGUUAAAUAGUAGACGGAGGAUCUCUGCAACUGGCAGCAACAGGGAUGGGCCUCGGAGACGCAGACGAGAGUCGUUGGCCAUCAAUUAGCCAGCUAAUAUUUGGAGCGCCUAGUUAAACAGGAAGAGAAGUUUUGAAGUUGCUGAGGGUGAGUAGUUUUUUUUUUGGUUAUUGAUUGUGGACAAAGACGGUGAACAUCUCCGGGGACAGUCUGUGGCUGUGCUCCUCUCGUAAAGAAAAAGUUUCACGAAUCUGAGAUCCUUAUUAUUUCCUCUGCCCUGUAAUACCCUAUCCCCCUUCAUCAUGGCGUGGGCUUCUUUGUGGGACACGGACGAACAAGACGCCCGCCGAGAUGAAACAGAACAGGAGCCAACGUCUGGCUAUCUUCAACGCUGCGGUUGAAACUCUAAGGGAGCUUGCGACCGGGAGAAAGAGUAUAAACCUUAACUCUUCUUACUAAUGGACAAGAAAGUGGAAGGAGACAGAUGCUGCAGAUGAAUAAUUCUUGAUAGAGAUUUUUUGUAGAUACAAGACACCUGAGAACUAUGUACAGGGCCACGGUUGCCUGUAUACUUCAUUGCUUAUUCUGUGGAGCUUGUGCCCUACACCAUACUGAUCACUGUCGCCGCUGCUGUCGCCAUCUUUUCUCCCGCUUCUCCCUCGUCUCCAUCACCUUUUUAUAGGGUCAGCGACGCCGCAAUGUCCCUUUUUCUUCUCGUGGCGAGGUCGUGACUUAUCAGGGAUUUGCAAGACUGUGCACAACAGCGCUGGCGCAUGAGCCGGGUGAGUGCCUGAGCAAGAGCACUUACUGGCGGGUCACAUUUGUCUAGAAGAAGGUAUGCGCAAUGAAUCCCCGUGUUACCACGACAUGUGUUGACGAUUUGUCCAAGAGCGCCCUCCUACGCUCUCGCCCACCUUCUUCACUUCUUCUGCCCCACCUGUUCAGUUUUUCUGCCUCAUCUGUUCACCCCCGCCUCCCAUGCGGCCAUCGCACUGCGCUUCCACAUCAUCGCUUUUUGCCCAGGGCAUCAACUAGCCGUUGACUUCGCAUUUUAUCACCGCCGCCGGCUGCUCCUGAGCUUUCUGUACUGUAGUGAGGCACGGGGGGAUCGCUAAAGCCACUUCGCCUUCGCAGCGGUCCGUCUACCGUAAACGCCAGCUCCCGUAUGCCUGCGAAUGUGCCGACGGCGGCGCGGGGUGGAUGCUUGGUGCGGUGUCAGGCCCUGCGCACCGAAAAGAGAGACGCGACGAAGCGCAAGGGAAAACAUUUCCAGCUGCCGCGCGCUGUGUUCUUCGUCGGCACGGAUGACGCAUGGGCCCGCACUUUCCCGGGCCAGGCCACUCUGAGUGAGCAAGGCGCGCGCACUUAUUACACUAGCCUGCGUGCUCGGGGGGUUGCCUGGCGCCGCCGUCAGUUGCAGCCCGCACCAAACCAGGCAGCUUGGCUCUGUAGUGAGCCGCUGCCUUGAGGCAAAUAAGCUGUCCCAAACAUUCGGAGCAGAGAGUACUCACGCCGAACCGAGGCGCUGCAGAGGGUCGGCAACAGCUCAGCGACGCCGCCGGAGACCUCUGUCUAGUCUGGCACACGACCAGCGGGAACACGCCCCGGCGCAUUGCGUCACACAUGCAGGGCAUUGCAACGCAAUACCUUGCGCACUUCGAGGCUUUACUUCUACCACCAACUCGGAUUGCCCUAUCAAUCUGUUCACUUUUGUGGCUUCAUUUUUUUCUGUCUUCGCACUACUUAGGGCUAGGCGUAGGCUCUACCAGACCCAGAGUUGUUAAAAACUGCGUCUUCGAAUCUGGUUUUUCCAUCGGCUACCACUCUCCGGCACACUACAAUUUUACCUAGGGUCAACGACGUAAGAACAACUAGUGUCUAUUCCCGCCACUUCUACUUCAUUAUGUUUACGAAAAUCUACUUGUGGCUGAACUAUAUUAUAACGACGAACCGAUAUUGAGUAAUUUCGAUUUUUGUAAGUAUAAUAUACUGUGAGGCUUAUUGUCAUUCACGGUCUCUCUCUAAUUAGAGUAAUCUUCAGAAAAAUUGUGAUAAGUGUACAGGCUUAGUGGUUUAGGCGUUGACCUGUACACUUAUCAAAUUGGAGCUGCGCCUCCUCGACCUAGACUCAAACAAUAGAAUCGUCUUCAAUUAUCUCCACUGUCGUUUUCUCUACUCCCAUGAACUGCAGGUCUUCACAAGAAACUCGACAAGGCGUUCAACGCAGUGGGGACAACGACAAGCAUGGACAACAGUCGCAAACAAACUCGAUCGCCAGUAGGCUUUCUGAGCGCGCUGAUGAAGCGAUGGGAUUGGGAUGAUAGAGAGGGCCGCCUCACGGAAGCUGGUACUUUUGGCACGAAAGUAGGCGAACGCUUAGAGGAGCUCAACAAAGCAUUAAGACCCUCUAGAUUCCACCUGCAACUGCAGCAGGAGUAUCAAUAUAUGUGGCUCAAGGGUUGUAAUUCGGCCGCAUAUUGAUAGGUCUGCUUUCGCAGGUUUAGGCUAGCGCCCAAGGCCGAUAGAGCUUAUAUUUAUAAAAGUCGCGCAUAUAUUUUUUGAGCUUAUCCUCCUUUGCUACGCAUGGGGUAAGGUGGUCCGGGCGAUCUUCGUUAUGCCUCUCAUCUCCAGGGGUAGGGAAGAGGUGACACAGGGCCAAUCAACUGCGCGAUCAGAUGAAGCACGUUUAUCGUUAGCAUGAGACUUUUAGCUUUUUAACAUUAGCCGCAUGGGCAUGUCAAUCCUAUUUCUCAUGAUCAUGAAAUAUGCGUAUGGGAAGAAUCAUUAUACGUAAGCACCAAAUAAAAUGAAAGUGCAUUUGUGACUCGAAAACCUCUAAACGGCAGAAUUGCCUCCGAGCACGCAGACGAAGUCCUACCCACGAGAGUUAUGAUCAUACACGAAUAUUUUUCCCAGUACAAGUUGAAUUAGAAUUGCUGUGGUCGAGAAGAACCGAAGCCGUACAGUUUCGUGCCUUUCCCUAAAGCUCUGACUUUCUCCUACCAGAGAAAUAGUUGAAUGCAAAGUCUCUGAACGGCUCCCUGAUUUGAUAGAAAUGCUGUAAUGCUAAUAAUAGUCGUUCUUCUAAAAGUCUUCAAGGGGAUUCGCUCGGCAAGCCUAUCCUGAUGCUGAUGGCAGAAUGCCCGUCUUACAAAAAGGCUGAUGGGGAUGAGCCUGCUAAAAAAAAAAAAGUUCAAGGUGAUCAGAAAAUACUAGUCCCGUCAUUUCUCACGCGGAUUCUAGCCCCAGUGUCGAAGCCUGGCACAGAGCUCAAGGACAGUCGUAAUCGCAAUGACAAAAAGGACAAGAUGCCUGACGCUUAUGACUAGUGUUAGUUUUACGCAAUACGCUGACUUGAGUGAUAUAAUAGGAGUAGCAAGCAAUUAUAGAUUAUAUACACUAAAAAGUAAAGACCACAACUCUGCUAGCAAUUGGGGAACAGAACAUGAAUCAUUUCAGAGGAGCAACAGCUGAGGCAAUAUAUCUGCCGGUAUCAUUGGCAUUUUUCAUGCUGAUUAUUGAUAUCGACGUUGCCCAGUCUUCCCUUUGUCCAUAUUAACCUUCUACUUUCACUGAUAAACCAUGGCCCAUAUAGACCCCAUAGGUGACCCUUUCAUCAGAAGAGCACGCAGGCGGCAUGGAAAAAAGACUUCGACGAUGCAAUGAAAUUGGCUGGUAUUCAUCAAUGACACCUGUUCAUGACUAUAAUUGAGCUAAUCGUGUACAGUUUUCUUUUGGUGUUGACAACGAUAAGAUAAACUAGGUCAUGGCUCGCGCUGAGGCGAAUCCCACCAGUAAAAAUGUCCUAUUACAACUAGAUUCCCAAUCUCGUCGUGCAAGAACAAUACUAGAGGUGCGACAAAGGUGCACUUCAUAGAAAUUGUUAACUCUUCUUUGAGCUUCACGACAACAUUCGUUUAGUAAUGAUCGACAUGACACGGCCGGAACCUGGCUGGAGUAUCAUGCGUCUCUGCUUCCCUUGUUUUCCUCUCAGAUGCAAUAAAGAGCGCACUAGACCGAGAGAAGAAGCUAGCUAAGAAAUUAUGGACACAUUUUUUUUUCUCUUCACCUCGUCUAGUGAUCGAAGACUCGCGAAAGUUUAUGUUUUCUAAGUCAUAUGCAGACAGUUACAGUGACAACUAAUUUAUUACUUUCUAAGUAGAUACAGGCAGAGUGUAUAAGGCAUGGCACUAGUGCUUUCACUAUCUGAUGUUAGACUAGGAUUUAGGAAGGUUAGGUCUAUGAUCUAGGAUUAUUCUUCGAUCGCACCUAAAAUUUAGAUAGGGUGCGGGGCCUCCGCGAUCCGCACACUUUGGUCUACCCGAGUAGCGAAGUAAACCAAAACAGAAGACCACUUGUAACCCUCUGUAUAACAUCAAGUAGAGCAUGUAUGAUUAGUACAUAUAAGAGGACUACGGAUGAAGACUCUUGCGAUGGAUCCAACGUCUCCUGUCACUAGAUCCAGUAAGUCGACACGUUGAUGUCAUUUGUUUGUCGUCGUAAAGUAACGUCCUUUCUUCAUGAUGCAGCGCAACUACAGAGCCAGCAACAAAGGAUACGUGGACCUGGGAACCCGUGUUGCAAACCACGGACAAGGAGUAUCUCGAGAAGGUCCGGCAAAGGUUCUUCGGUGAGAAGUCUUUCAGCUUGGACUGUGACGAUCCAGCACACAUAUUGUGGAAAGACAAAACUGGUAGUUCAUUCUUGACAUAGGUAUCACUCUCUCGUCCCUGUGCAUGAUUCCAGACUGUAUGUAGUUGUUUUACAAAUCCUAAUCCUGAGAAUGAUUUCGAGAAAUUCUUCGACUUUUCAACCAUAGUAGAAGAAGUAUCAUGAAAACAUUUUCACUUCUUACCUGUUCAACACCCGUGGUCAGGUCCAAAAGAGUACCACACAUUCAACCAAAAUCUUUAUGUCAUUCCUUAUAGCCCUCUCACUUCUCAGGAUAAUAUUGCAGUAUUUUUAAAAAGAUUGAAAGUCAGUUUCAAGAACUACAACUGCACCGACAGGAGAUGGGAAGGCAACCGCAGAGGCGCCGCCGCCGCAGAAGAGAAGAUGGCCACGUUUCACGCAUUUGACUUUGUGGAGCAGGAAAAAAAGUGAAAACUAGUUGAUACCUAUUCAACACUCCUGUGCUGAUGUCCAAAAGGGUAGCACUCACUAAUUCAACAAUCAGGUCCAAGAAGAAUGGAAAUGUACAAGAACUAGAAUAAGAACAACACGCACAAAAUAAUUAAUCUCAUGAACAAAAUAGUCAAUGUAUAUUUCACGAAAGUCAAACUCAGGUCCUCGACUGAAAGAGGAAGCGGCCACGUCUUCAACAUCAACUGCAGUUGGUGGAGAAGCAGUUGGAGAACCGGAAGGAGGAGGGAGCGAUGGACAAAACCAAGGAGCACCAGAUCAUGUAGAGGAUGAAGCCCCUCCACCUUCUAGUCCUGGAACUCCAGCACCACCUUCUCAAGAGGAAGCGGGAGCUGACCAAAGUCCAUCAGGCGGAAAACAUGCAGACCUUACAACAGCAAGCGGAAAUGAUGCUGAUGGCUUCCGUGCAGAUUCAAACAACCAGCAAGCACAGCGGAAAGGGGCGCAAAGUGGAGCUGGACAGGCAACUGAAGCAGCUGCAGCAGAAGCUCCAACACCUGAAGAGGAGGCAGCUGGAGGCCCCAAAGCUCAAGAACCUUCUGCACCAACGCCAGAUUUAUGUCGAUCACAACAUCUAUAUAGAUACUUAGUUUUGAGUAUGUGUUUUGCGUUUUUAUCCGAUAAAAACUUUGUUAAAUUUAACCGACGAGGGACAGCGACAGAGAAUUGUGCAAAUAUGUUCAAUAGACGGGCCUCCGUCAACAAGUCUCUGUCAAGGACAAUUACAUUAGACAAAACAUGACAGGACCGGAGAUGGACCGGAACCAGAAGUACAUGCACAAUAGCAACAUCAACAUCAAGAUCUUCAAACACGAGUCCAAGAAUAACAGCAUCAAAUACAAGUAGAACAACAUCUGAUUAAAGAGAAAUUUCUCGGGUCUCGUCUACGUCUACUCAUGGUGCUCCUGUGAAUACGUAUCUCAAAUUGUUCUCCAGAGGUCUUCUAGAGGAGUGGCACUCUGUAACCAUUAUAAUGUGGACCUAAAAAGUAAAAGCAGGAGUACUUUAUACAUGAAAACAGCCAUUACUAAUCUAGACUAUAACCAUUAAUCUAGACCUAAAGAAAAAUAAGUACUCUACGGUAUGACCAUUGAUCUCUCUCAUCAGAUGUUAAAGAUUUCCGCAUAGUUGAAGUAGAUGAUGUCAACUAUGUUAAGAAUGUGACAGUCCUCCAGCUGUGUUCAAACUUACGAAUAGAUGUAGCUGCGGCACAGUCGUGAUCAUGUUGACCUAAGUAGCACUUUUCAUUCUUUGCUCAUGACCGUGACAUUGAUUAUAGGAACCUUUUUCAUGCUUUGCUGCAAAAAAUCCACCGGGAGAAUGCGCUGACGAAAGAGGAAAGGAGCUACUCGAGGAUCUAGUGUGGGUGCGUGGAAGAAACCUCAUAUCCCAAGACGAAGCGCAAAAAAUUUUCAGCUUUGUUUUAAUUAAGACCAACGUGAAGAUUGAUUUUGAAGGCAUCAGCAUUUUCGUUUAUCAGAAAGAGACCAAAAUGAUAGCAAGAAAUGAAGAUAAUAUUUCGUCGCUGGCUAUAGAAAAGAGAAGAAAAUGAUUACCGCCACCUUUUAUUUCGUUUCACUUUAGUCUCGUAGUCUACUUGGUCUUAGGUUUCGCUUCAUAAUCCAGUAAUACACUGACUCCCAUAUUUUAGUGAUAUUUCAAUACCGAAAUCGAAUUUCCGUAUUUACACAAUUCGCCGAAACAGACAGAGAAACAUAUUACCCCACGACCUGCAGUGGUCUUGCUAUGUGGCCUAGUUGCUCUGCAUGGAUGUGGACUGCAGUCGUCACCUACUGCCGAGUGAGUGACCACUUUCCUACUUCUCAGUAUAAACCCUAGCUGGAAUACGACCAACUUCUUGGGAUUAGAGAAUUGCAGAAGAAACGACUUCUAAUCGAUGUGGAAGCAACGCUAUGGAGAAGCCCGGGGGAGGAGCCAUCGUUAAGAAUAAAAAAGCAAUAACAAUGACUAUGACGUUUACAGGUUCCUAGAUAACUGCUGCAAGCUCUGUCCUUGCAGAGACGCUGUACCAUAAUUUUUAGGAAGUCACUGGUAUCCAGGAUAACUACUACUUGUAACAUAAGUUGUAUUUUGAUUUUCACACGACACAGGACAAGAUGGUCGACCUUGCGUAACCAAAGACAAUUUGCUUAGUAUAUGGCAACCUUAAAACGUUAUUUUAGCAAAACGUUAAAAGUUGAUUUUUUAAAAUAGCCGACUAGAUUCCCAAGAAGUCAACUUUUAACGUUUUGCUAAAAUAAUGCUUUAAGACUGCCACAUAGUAAUAGAAUAACUUAUAAUAUACAUAGAACAACGGAUGUAGGAUGGACUUGGAUGGAUCGGAUGGGCCCCCCUAAAUAAUCUUCGGGCCCUACUUGAAACGACUAGCGGACCUCGGAAGUCCAUCCGUUCCAUCCGAUCCGUCCCAUCCUCAACCAAGUACCUCUAGUAUAAACUAAGGCGCUCUAUAAUAAGAUCAAUCCCUUCUCUGUUUUUGUCACCUUGUUUCUCUUCUUUUCUUUGUUUUCGUUCUUGACGUUGUUCAGUAUCUAAUUUUAGGGUCGCAACGGAAUCGGCAGCUUCGGUUGUCACGUGGUUCAUUAAUGAGUGACUGAAUGAGUGAGUUCUUACAUGCAUGAGAAUCUAAUAUGUAUCCACAACCAAAAGGCAUGGAAUAUUUUUACCUCUCCGCAGACGAAUGGAGUAGCUACGCGGAGGAACUCGGGUUGAACAAGAUGCCAGCAACUGCGAUGACUCUCUUAUGGAAUUUUUUUAUAUGAUUAUUCAUUCAUAUUGAUUAUUUCGGUCAUCGAUACUUGAUGAUCCAUGGAUAUUUGUAUACCGAUUAGUCAACGUUGUUAUGAGUACAGGUAUGGGCCCGCUUCUGAAAGGGUAGAAUGUUGACAAGGGGGUGCGUACUAUACUAGAAGAAGAUGAAGAUCUCCUAAUGUGGGUCUACUUCUGUCAUGUUACCGAGGAGUUGUCUACAAAUCCUCCUGCUUCACUUUCAACAUUUUGACUUUCAAGUGCGACCGGUGGAAAGUGAUCUUCCGUGAAUAGAAAUUAGCUCCAUUCUGGGAUCGGCUUGACUCCGAUGCUUUGCGCCGACGGCUGUUAAAAACAGAAACAAGCUGAUAGCGGGCAUUUGUGUCCCAUCAGUGUGUUCUCGCUGUCAUCUUGAGUGCAAUGCGUUAUCGCCUGUUACCCUUUGUUCUAUCGCUGCGCCAGUCUUCAUGUUCUGACUCACGUUUUUUUUGUUCUGGUCUCUCUAAGAUUCGGGCCCCAUUAUGCCACGCUAGUAAUACAUAGCUACCUACAUACUUCCCACAUGUCUACCCCGUCCCCUUGAAGUUUAGUGGCUCUUGCUAUCCUCUUCACGUUCAUUGCGGUAUGCAAAGAUUUGCGCUACGGGGGAGACGAACAAAAACAAUAAGGAGCUCAUCCAGAAGCAAACGAGUGAGGCGCUCGUGGUUUUUGACGACCUUGUGAAGCAGAGAGCAGGUAUUUAUAAUUUUUCUUUUCAAACAAUGUAGCUAGGGAUCAUGACGCCAGAAGUGCAGUACACUCUCAAAAUCUAUGCUCGUCCGCUUUUAAGUAUUAACUUUUCUAACUUGAGUUUGCUACAAGUAAAAAAGAAAGGCACUCACAUCUUUUUCGGGAAACACACGAACUAAAGGCAUGAGUCUGGUUCUGGUGGGGUGUGGCUCUGGUGGGAUAGUCACUGCUCAUGCCCGUCUUUCUUCAUGGCUAUGCGCUCUCUGAGCGAGACCACGGGACGGGGCCUCCCUCUUCUCACUUCAGUCUCAAAGUGAUUGCCUCCCGGCUUUGGUCCACAGCACAAUACCGCCCGCACCACAUUGCCACCGCCCCCGCAUGGUCAACGAACACAGAGGCCCACCCAAAGGCGUAUCCCAAUAGAACGCCGCAGCCCCUCCAGAUCAAGUCUGUCGCAGCGGCGCUCUUUUCUUUCGAUUCUUGGCUUCUUGUUGACUGGUGUCAUCGUCACUAUGGUAUGCGGCUGUAUGCCAUCCAUGUGUUUCGUGAUGUCGUGUGUGUGCGGAAGCGAUCUGUGGACCCUCUUGUGGUGUGUUCGAGCGCACUUUGCUGACCAUCUGAUCUCGAGAGUGAACACGGCGAUCGCGAUGGCCUACAUCAGUCUGGUGACUGCCGUGCCCAUUCCGCUGUGCCUCCAUUCGUCUUUCACUUCGUCCCAAUUCUUACCUUGCAGCUCGCAUGCUGAGCGGGGAGCGGGCUAGCAUUGAAGGAGGUAGGGUCGCUCAUAGUCCCUGCCACUGGCAGUUGGCUUAUGUGGUAAACCGGUGCCCCAGAGAAAAUAAGCCGGCACAAGCUACCUGUUCGUAUUAAUGCCGGACGACGACGAGUAUUCUUUGUACAAAUUACACCUACGCUUGUAGUUCUCCAGUUCAGAUUUCGUUUUCUCUACCAUGAACUACAGGUCUGUGGAACGAACUUUAUCGGCCUGCCGUGACAAUGCUGACGACCAGCCAAGAGAACAUGAUCCAAUCGCCAGGUCGAAGUUUUCUAUCCGCGUUGAUACGGAAAGUGAAAGACGAAGACGGCGAGGGCCAUGGAGAUGGUAAAGAAAAUCUAGGAAGCGGGAUCAUGAAGCCAAUAUGAAGAGCUUCUACUUAGAUGACACUUGCAUCAACCAUCUAUCUUUCAUCUCAAGGAAAAAGUCAUGAUACUCAGAGGCAAUAAAAAUUACUUAUUCUUAUAAUAUAUUGUAGGAUCAUUAGCGUCAUUACCAUGAUUAUGCAGCAUCUGCAACUUGAGUACAGGAAUAGAAGAGGUAGACGAGCUUUUAAUUCGUUGGUGUCUUUUUCCUGGAGAGGUAGAAUCAACAUGAUACAUAAAGGGCAAGAAUAUAAUGUAUUCCUAAAGCGAAAACCUCUAAAAGUUGCCGGCGCGGCCUCCCCGAGAAACAAAAUCCCGGAAUUUAUGUUCAUAUGUUUCCCAGAAACAUCAAACCCAGCAUGGCAUUGCUGAAAUCGAGAAGCGCAGCAGUGGUAUGUCGAAGCUUUCCCUACAGCUCUGAACUUUUCCCACAUAGUCGAACGUGAACUUUUUAUUUUUCCCCGAAUGGAAAUGAAAAUGAUGUUGAUGUACUCGUAAUGUCUCUCACAGUGCUUUUUUUCUAAAAUUUGCCGAAAACGAGCAGCCCUGAAAGGUCCAGCCAGAGACUCAGCUGUGCGGGACGAUACUGGCCUUGUCACGUUUCUCAUGCGGAUUCUAGCCCCAGUGUCGGAGCUUGGCACAGAGCUCAAGGACAGUCGGGACAGCGAUGCGAAUAACAAGCCUGACGUUUAUGACUAGUGUCAUUUUUAUGCAACACGCUGACUUGCCGAGUGCUGUAAAAACUAGCAAUCACAAAUUAGAAACAUAAAAAACCACUCUGCUAGCGAUUUGAGAACAGAACAUGAAUCAUCUCAGAGGAGUUGUGCUCCUGCUCCUGGGUCUACUGAAACAAUAUAUCUGUCGUUAUUAUUGGCAUUUAUCAUAGUACAAAUUAUUGAUAUCGACGUUUCGCAAUCUUCCCUUUCUCCAUAAUCUUCUACUUUCACUGAUAAACUAUGGCCCAUAUAGACCCCAUAGCUGACCCUUUCAUCAGAAGAGCACGCAGGGGGCAUGGAAAAAAGACUUCGACCACGCACUGAAAUUGGCUGGUAUUCAUCAAUGACACCUGUUCUUUAAGUACUUAUGACUAUUGUUAAUCUUAUACUUAUUGAGCUGAUCGUGUAUAAUUUUUCUUCGUCUGCUUUGCUGUUGACAACGAUAUUGAGAUAAACUAGGACAUGACCACUCGCGCUGAGGCGAAUCCCAGUAAAAAUGUCCUAUGACUAGACUCCCAAUCUCGUCGUGCAAGAGCAAUAGAGCACUUCAUAGAAAUUGUUGACUCUUCUUUGAGCUUCACGACAACAUUCGUUUAGUAAUGAUCGAGAUGACACGGCCGGAACCUGACUGAAGUAUCAUGUGUCUCUGCUUCCCUUGUUUUCCUCUCAGAUGCAACUACGAAGUCGUCGUCGGACGAGUUCUGGAAGAAAAUGAGCGCUGGGAUCUUAUGGACACAUUUUUUUUUCUCUUCACCUCGUCUAGUGAUCGAACACUCGCGAAAGUUUAUGUUUUCUAAGUGACUACUACUCCUAUUUUAUAUAGAGUAUACAAGCAGAAUGAAUACGGAAGGCAGAAGUUGUAUGCUUCUGAUUCAAUCCAGGCGGUCUAGCAUGUUGAAGUCUAGCAUAACUCCAACGACUCGCGCGCACGCUCUCUCAGAACUCAUGUGCUCGCCGCGAAAGCGUUGCUUUCACUAUCUGAUGUUAGACUAGGAUUUAGGAAGGUCAGGGCUAUCUAGGCUUAUUCUUCGAUUGCACCUAGGGUUUACAUAGUUUGCGGGGCCUCCGCGAUCUGCACACUUCGGUCUACCCGAGUAGCUAAGUAAACAAAACCAACUUCUUUGUCAGCAGCGGCGCUGCACUAUCUCAUACAUAGUAAGAUAUUGUCAACGGCUUGCCAAGGCUAAGCCCAAGUAGCCUUUCACUUCUGUAAGAAGUCGUAGCGGAUGUGGAAAUUCAUAAUCAUAGUCUCACUACUUAUCCUCGUAUACGGUGGGUCGUGGAUCUUCUACCGCCGUCGGAGAGUUCACACAGAAGACCACUUGUAACCCUCUGUAACAUCAAGUAGAGCAUGUUGUAUGUUUUUUAGUACAUGAAGACUCUUGCGAUGGAUCCAACGUCUCCAACUACUGACCCAUGGACACAAGUAUGGGAGGAGAUCAUGAAAACGGACGAGGACAAGGAGUAUCUGAAGAAGGUCGGGCAAAGACUCCGCGUCCUCCGUCAACAGUCUCUGGACUGUCACCCAUUGCCAUUGUGGAAAGCAAAAACAGCUGGUAUUUCAUUCUUGACAUAGCUAGUACUCUCUGGUCCCUGUGCAUGAUUCCAGAAACUCAAAAAAUGAAAUUAUGUUAUUGUAUGUAGCUGUUUUACAAAUCUUAAUUCUGAGAAUGAUUUCGAAAAAUUCUUCAACUUCUCAACCAUAGAAGAAGUACCAUGAAAACAUUUUCACUUCAUACCUGUUCAACACCUGGGGUCAGGUCCAAAAGUGUACUACUUAAGUACACAUUCAGCCAAAAUCUUUAUGUCAUUCGUCCUAGCCCUCACACGACAUUGUUAUAAUUGUUCCGAGGACAACACUGCAGUAUUUUUUAAAAAGAUUGAAACUCAUGUUCAACAACUGCACCGACCACAGGGGAUGCGGAGGUCGCCGCAGAUGAAGAGGAGAUCUUCACUUUUUUCCUCCUGGAGCAGGACAAAAGUGAAAACCAGUAGCUAGGAGAUGGAACUAGUGCAACGUCGAGAGGCGUUGCUAUCUUACCAUGGGGCGCGUGGUAACUGAACGUCAACAGACGUUGCGAUCUUGUAGUUAUGGCUCGCGAUAGUUCAUCUGUGUCGAUAUUUCAUUUGUGCCAGACACUUUGAGGUCAGCAUCCUUGAAACCAAGUAUCGCGAGAGAUGAAUUAUUGCCAGCAUGUCUAAUGUCAGGGACGAAUCAAGAUUUUUAAGAGAAGAAGAUUGAUGUCAUUCUUGGAUUUAUUGUUGGAUAGUUUAUUUACUUCGCUUGUUAUAGGAAAAGGAUAAGAAGCCACUGAAACAUUGACUUUCGCAAUAAUAUUUUCAAUAGAUAUAGUUGGUUCAUGUUGACGCCACCCUCGAGAUCAUUCCUACACCAUCGAAAUCAUCAAAACUAAAUGGGAGUCAACAUUCUAUUUUCGAAAGAAUGUCAUACGUUCAGACUACAUCUACAUCUGCAACUUCUUGAUAUAAGACCGCUCAACCUCAUCUUCACAAACUAACAAAGAAACUACUUGUACUUUUCGCUACUGAUCAUAGAACAAUAUCAAUAAUUAAUGCGCGACAGGUUGUCGCGUCUUUCACCAACACCAUGCACCUAAAUGUAAAGGUAAAGAAUUAAUACAACAGUGUAAAGGUAAACCAAGAACAAUAAAUGGACAGGAACAACAUGAACAGUCAUCUCCGUCUCGAAUUGUUUAUCAUCAUCACGACCAUCACCAUCAUGCGAAGUAUCUAUAUUGAACAUCAUGCAGAGUACCACGAGAAGAUGUUCACCAUCAUCAUGCGAAGUAUCUAUAGUGAACAAACAUCAUGCAGAGUACCACCAGAAGAUGUCAUCAACGAAAACAUCAACAAAGGAGAAGUAGGAGUACUAGACUGAAAUCAGAAGCAUUUGAAUAGCAUUAGAUGCACAGUUUUUGAUCAGAUGCACAGCUUUUUUUGUUCUGUCGCUGUCCUCGCAAACUCAGUAUAUAACAGAAUUACUUUUGACAUCGAUUCAAUCACCACAAACACCACCACGGUCAAAGUCAUAUAAUGAAAAUGAAUAUGUUCAGGAAAAUGCUUCUGUCUAAGUCUUCAUCUGACGUCAACUACUACUACCAGUACCCCUACCCUAACCCAUCUGAUAAAGCUAACUAUGUUGCUGACUUGUACUACCCUAGUAGCUCUGCUCUAUUAAGUCUAAAAAGUACAAAUUCGCUCCUCACCGAUUCUCACGACCCAUCACUCCGCAACUUCCCAAACAGCGCAUCUCCCUGAAAGUUGAAGUUUUGACGAUCUUCAACCUUGAAAUUCCUGCUCUUGAUUUUCAUCCCAGAUUAAUGUACAUGUUGAGUCUUGCGGUUUUGUUAUCCGAAGAGAAGCUAUACAUCUUCUCUACCGAGGUGGAUCCCAAAACAAUUAUGUACAAAAAAUAUGUGGAUGAUUUUUUCACUCACGACUACGAUUGAUGUAUAUAAAGAUGCCCACUUUGCUUGGUAAUUUCAUCAAAUGUCC